AUGACAAAGCCAAAGCAGAAAGGAAAGGCUCCUCAUCGCUCUGGCGGUGGUCGUGGUCCUUCAUUCAACGAAGAUGCCCUCGAAAAGCUCACCUCGAGAAUUGACCAAAGGCUGACCGAAAACGACCACAAGCGCAAGCGACCACCCACGAACGCCUCGCCUACACAGACGGCCAAGAAGCAGCGCAACUCUGACGCGGCCCCCAAGACCAACAGCUCCAAGACUGAGCAAGAAGCGCUUCUUGCCGAAAUUCUUGCUCUUGGUGGCGACGAAGAUGAUCUAGAGCUGAUCAACGGCGUCGACUCGGACGAUGAGGUGGUUGGCGAAAGCAAGGCGCCGGUGGAUAAGAAGCUGAGAGACGAACUCGCAGCUCUAUCCAAAGAGCUGGGCUUCGCUGAACUUGCACCUCAAGAGGCUAGUGAGAACGAAGCUGAAGAGGAAGCAGAGGCCGCGGCCGCGGCCGAAGAAAGCGAGGAUGAAGACGCAGAAUACGACUACAAUGACGAUCGAGAAGAGGAAAAGAUCCCCGAGAGCCGCAAGAUGGGUGACAUGACUUUUGAGCCCCGCGCCGACUGGCAUGCAUACAAGCUUGCGAAGCUGCCCCCUCCCAUCACUGAUGAUGCUGGGCCUUUUUUCUCUCCUAUCCAAGCCCUCAAGCAACACGCCCAAUCUCUUUUGGACAAGGAUGCUGAUAAGUAUCGAACCAGCGUCUUUGCCUCGUCCUCACACAAAUUUUUGUCCACCAUCAUGACCUCGGGAACAUUGACCGAUAAGGUCUCCGCACUCACCCUCGCCAUCCAAGAGUCUCCUGUACACAACAUUCGCGCAUUCGAUGGCCUCAUGAAUUUGGCCUCAAAAAAGAGUCGAGGCCAAGCCAUUGGGGCUAUUGGUGCACUGGUGGAUUUGCUAGGCCCUGGUACUCUUCUGCCCGCCGACAGACGUCUUCGCACUUUCCAGAAUCAGCCCGGCCUACUUGGAACGCUUCAGAAGCACUCGACCAAGUUUUGGGCCCCAAACCAGCCGCUCCCUGGCAAGAUCUCUGAAGAACAUUUGAUUUCAUGGAUAUUUGAAGACUGGCUGAAGUCCACGUACUUCAAAAUAAUCCAGCUCUUGGAAGGCUGGUGUUCGGACGAGAUCGAAUACUCUCGAAUCAAAGCAGUCGAUUUCGUCUACGCGCUAUUGAAAGAGAAACCUGAGCAAGAGUCCAAUCUUCUAACGCUACUCGUCAACAAGCUUGGUGACAGAGAAAAGAAGAUUGCCUCUCGUGUAUCAUAUCUCCUCUUGCAGUUGCAGAAUUCCCACCCUGGUAUGAAGCCAGUCAUUGUUCGCGCUGUGGAGCAAGAAAUUCUCCUACACCCGACACAGGACUCCCGAUCAAAAUACUACGCCAUCAACACCCUCAACCAAACUAUUCUCAGCAGCAAAGAACCCGCAGUUGCCGAGUCCCUCAUUCGCAUUUACUUUGAACUCUUUGUCGCCAUGCUUAAAUCAGGUAGCUUGGGCAUUCCUCUGCAAAACGAAACAGAGGCACAGGAUAAUGCAGAAAAGAAGGUAGAAACUGUACCUGGCAAGCCCGGAGGACGACCUCCCAGAAAGGGUGGAAAGCCCGCCAAGGUCGCCCCAGCAGUGCCUGAAGCAGAGGCUGCAGAUAAGCUAGUUUCUGCUUUAUUGACUGGUGUCAACCGUGCCGCACCCUUCGUUGGGACAAAUGACGGAGUUAUGGAAAAUCAUGUAGACACGCUUUUCAAAAUUGCCCACUCCGCCAACUUCAACACUGGAAUCCAGGCACUGUUGCUGAUUCAGCAUCUAUCUCUCGCCAGGAGCAUAGCCACCGACCGCUUCUACCGCACACUUUACGAAUCUCUUUUGGACCCUCGCCUCGUCACCUCGUCAAAACAAGCAUUGUAUCUCAAUCUUUUGCUGCGGUCGUUAAAGAACGACGUCGACGUGCGACGUGUUAAAGCUUUUGCCAAGAGAAUGCUGCAAAUCACUGUUCUACAUCAACCGCCGUUUGUAUGCGGACUUCUCUAUGUCAUUGGCCAUCUGCGCCAAACAUUCCCCGACCUGUCUACUCUGAUCGAGCAGCCGGAAGAGUCUGUCUUUGAUGACGACGAUGAGGAUAUUCAGCGUCCUGCGUACGACGGCAGGAAACGAAACCCAGAACACAGCAACGCUCAGAGGAGCUGCUUGUGGGAGGUCAUCCCCAUGCAGAUGCAUUACCAUCCAUCAGUCGCCGUGUUCGCGGCUGGAAUUGUCGACAAGACUGCCAAGAUGCAGAAGCCUGACCUUGACAGCCACUCCCUUAUUCGAUUCCUCGACAAGUUUGUUUACCGCAAUGCCAAGGCAACAGAUGGUACCAAGGGUGUAUCUAUCAUGCAGCCGCUGAGGGCCACAAAGGACUCUGGCGAUAUCUGGCUUGGAAGCCGCGGUGCUGGUGCUACCGGCGUCCAAGUAAACUCUGCAGCGUUCUGGAACAAGAAGGUCGAGGACGUUGCUGCUGAAGACAUCUUCUUCCAUGAGUACUUCCAGAAUAUCGGUAAAGAGCCCAAGGACAAGAAGAAGAAGACCGCUGAAGCCGAGGAUGCAGAGGCAGAUGAGGAAGCCGGCGAGGAUGAAGUCUGGAAGGCCCUGGUCAACGCGCAACCCGAUAUCGAGGGCGACGGCUCCGAUGUGGAUGAAGGCUUUGACGACUUUGACGAGGAAGAAAUGGCUUCUCUUGACGGGUCAUCACCAGCGAUGUCUCUGGAUGAUGACUCGGGCGAUGACAUUUCUCUUGAAGGUGAUGGUGAUGAUGGGUCAGACGGCCUCGUAGAAUUCAAUGAUGAGGAUAGUGAGGAAGAGGCGGAUGGUAAGAAGGAAGAUAACAAGAAGAAAUCGGCGAGACGCAAGAUGCUCAAGGGUCUGCCUACGUUCGCGUCAGUGGAUGAUUACGCAGAACUUUUGGCGAAGGAGGAGGAUGGUCUUUAA